AUGCCCUAUCACCGAGCCGCGCGGGCAUGGGGCGUCGUUUGGAUCAGUUGGCCUGCAUUCCUUUUUCUUCCUUUUCCCACGCUGCUUGUCCUGGUUCGGUCAUCGAUCGACACCAUGCGGAAUGCGACCUUCCUCGGCAAGGGCAUGAGCUUAUCAUUCUGUGGCACGCGUGGUUGUGGUCUGGUCAUGUCGUGCCGUGACUCGCUGCUUAUAUAG